UGACACGUGUAUAAAUGAAUUGAAUAGAACAAUGCCGCGCAAUGAGGAAGUCUGAAAAGCAGUUAUUGGACUAAUAACGGAUAAACAAACGUGACUUUUGAGAUCAAAGAAAUGUGCAGAUUACUUUUAGGAUUAUAAUUAUAUUUAUCGGAAAGAAAAUCUCAAAAUAUUGGACUUGAAAUAACUGCGACAGUUUAUUACGGAAGUGAUCAAAUUCUCAAUAACAAUAAAACAAUAAGUCAGGAAACGAACAGAUAUAAGCUGAUGCUGACCACUUAGAUCUUUUCUAUCUCGUGGAUUGUGUCCUAGAUGAAAUCGAACAGGCCAAAGCUCUCAAACGACAGUUUGAUUCCGACGGUUCCGACGGUGAACAAGACGCAAUAAUGCCGGCGGCGGAUUCUGAAGAGCAUACUGAUCUAAUGGAUCAAAUAGAAAGUGCUCUGUCACCAUUCGAGGACGGAAUGACUGCCUAUAACUCUUUCUUUGAAAGUCCCUGUAUGCAGCAGAGAUCUUACCCGACCAAUCAGCUUCCGUCGGCGGGUCACCACACACAGAGUAUCGCCGACGAUCUAGUAGAACAAAUUGACAUGGACAAUGAAUAUCUUUCAUUUGUUUCAAAAGACAACAAAGAUGACUCUCAAUAUUCAUCCGCUAGUACAAACAGUGCCUCAUCAUCGCAAUAUAAUGUGCCUACGCGAGAAUACGUAGUGCCUGAAGACAUUUUACAGUCUGCAAUAUCAUUGCAAAGCAUUGUAAAAGACAGCUGUGAUUCUGUAAAUAAAUGCACGGAUGGUUCAAGCACACAUAGUCAUGUUAAUGAAAAGAUCCACACAGAAACCAAUAAAGAUUAUAUAAAACACUUUGACGAACUGAAGCAAUAUUCGGACCUUAUACAGUUACCGGAUAUGACAUCAAGAUUUGUAUCACAGCCGUCAACCUCAUCGCAGAAGGAAACAAUUAAAUAUUCACAAGCUCAGCAACACAACAUCGUACAGACACACAGUUUUUACGAUGAAGACUCAAAUGACACUACAUCAUCAGAGUUAAUGAGCUGGACUGUCAAGCAUCCAGAGAACUGGAGUGCAACGGAAGUGCUGGACUGGUUAUAUUACUCCGCUGAAAAACAUGGCGCCGACUGUUCUUUACUUCGUGGUGAAUCUUUUAGGACAGUUUCCGGGGAAAUGCUGUGUAAAAUGACUCCCGAAGACUUCAGAGCCUUGGACCCGUACUUUGGAGAUUUUUUCUAUAAAUUGUUCAGACAACUGGUGAAUGGAUUACAUUUCACCAUGCCAUCCGACACCAGUUUCUCAGAGCAAUCCGAUCUCGACCAAACUUACAGUUACAUUGAAUCUCGCAGUAGUAGCAGCUUUUCCAUGGCAACAAGUCCAAGUGAACUUUCACACAGUCACGUGUCUAGUCCAAGUCAAAGCUCAACCCAAACUAGUCCUGAUAUGUAUGGUCAAGGAGCGGAGAGACUUGUUCCCUACGACUACAUAUACACAAACGGAAGUGGUACCCAGUCUUGCCAGUCUACAGACACCGGAAGUAUGAUGCCUCCACAAGCAACAUUAAACUAUUCUCUCGGUAUCCAGUCUGUGAGUUAUCCGUACGAUUUCACAGCAACUCAGUAUCAUCUUAAUCCGAAAUCCCAGUACAAAAUGUCCGCUAGGGAGCGCUACGAUACGAAUGGGACACCAAGACGUCGGCCAGGUCGGCCACGAAUAAAAAGCAUACCAACUGAAGAGGAACUGCAAGCGCAAAGAGAAAAGAAAAUGAAGAGUCAGCACCUAUGGGAAUUUAUCUACGACAUGCUAAACAACCCGACAUACAAUCCUUCCAUUUUGAAAUGGGAAAACCAAAACGAGGGCGUCUUCCGGUUUGUGCAAUCGGAAUCAGUUGCGCAGCUAUGGGGUACAUUGAAGAGCAACGAAAACAUGACAUAUGAGAAACUUAGCCGGGCUAUGAGACAUUAUUACAAGCGUGGGAUUUUAGAAAGAGUUGAAGGCAGACGACUUGUUUAUAAAUUCUCGAUGGGAACCUUGGAAAGGAUGCGACAGAGAAAACCAGAGAAAACUGUCGUCUGCUAAGACCCUUUCAGACAGAAAAAAACAUUUGUUAAAGUCAAAUGCCAUGUGCCAUAAUUGAUACUUACUACACCUAGUCAGUCGUUUUAUAGUUUAUUUACGAUUUUGAAAUCCACAGAAGAAAAAAACAACAACAUCAAAAUGACAACUUAACGGAUUUUAGGGCAGCGGACGCUAUAUUUCCUGCUAACUCCUACCAGCUGAAGUAAUGUAAUUAUUUCUUGGUUAUGUGAAAACUACUUGCAACGCUCUGAAUGAAGGGUAUAAUAUACAUGUAUAAUAAACCCAACGUGCAAAAAUGUCUGUACAGUCCGUACAAACCUCGUUUUGGACUUGGGAUACAGUAAUAAAUGUGCUAAAUAUCUAACCUAUCAUGUGAUAAUACUUUCCAUUAAUCCAUGUUGUAAAUAAUCUUAGAUAAUUUAUUAAAUUAUUUUGAUACUA